ACGCACGGAUAUGGUGGAACUAAACAACAGCAACUGAAGUGUUUUGCGCGUACAACCCCACACAGCGGAAAUGAGACUGUCAUUGUCUGCGCUCGGCGCCUUACGGACAAACACGAACACCAAUCGGGGCUCCGAUGAAGGCUCGGAGGCGCCAUCGGAAUCGGGCGGCAUCAAAGGUUCCUUCCCGGUCAAGUGUGUCGUUUUCUUCUUCAGCCUGAUCCUGCAAAUCCUCACCUCGACCGUCGGUCUCUUCAUCAUCAACCUCGCCUUCCUGAUGCUCGGCUCGUAUAUCUUUUACAUUAUCGAAUCGCCACUCGAAGAAUCGCUCCAGAAUAAUCUUCAGGAGGAUCGGAGGCUGCUAGUGGAAGAACUGAUGAAUUUAGGGACAAACGCUGAGAAUUGGGACGCACGCGCCGAUACAACGCUGGCCGAAUACGAACUGAAGUUAGCCAACUUCUACCGGAAGCGAGCGACCUUGAAAGUCCAGUCGGACAACACUACAGGUGGACAGACGAAGCUGUGGACCGGCUACGGCGCCAUCAUCUACAGCUACUCAAUCAUCACAACAAUUGGCUGGGGUAAUAUCGUCUGCUCCACGAGACUGGGGAAGUUCAUUACCAUUGUGUACGGCCUUUUUGGCAUGCCGCUCCUCUUCACGCUCAGCCAAGAUGUCGGUAACCUGGUGUCGCUGUGUAACAAGAAAAUCUGGAACUUGAUCAAACUCUUGUACGAUCGUUGUGUGGCGGGGGCCGAGAAGGAACAAAAAGGUGCCAAAGCUCAGAAAAAGAAAAGUGUCUCAAAAACAGGAAGCAAAACUGACGAAGAGGACGACGAGGGCGACGAGGGCGACGAGGGAGACGAGGGCGAUGAAAGCGAGACCAACGUCCAGACUGGCACUUCCGGCAGCGACAGCCGGACCGCGUCUGCGACAGAAGCCUCCUCCAAAGACGCGUCAGGGAACUGGGCGCGUACUAAGAGCAGGGACGCUUCGGAAAACCGCCAUACGGAACGCAAACCCCAACGACGACGCAGCAUCUUCUCUAAAACAAAAGCUGACCUAGAUCAAGCCUGGCGCCGUGCGAUCAAAGAGGAUUGUAACUAUUCUAAGGAUUACCUGGCCAGUUUCCAAUCCACUGUUGAUUUUAUGGUGUGUGCUUCCAAAUACGACGAUCAGAUCUCUAGCGUUGACUUCAUGCCUCACAAGCGCAUUCAGUCCAUCCAGGACGUAAUCUUGUUGACCGGUCAGCUGAGUAUGAUGACGAGAGAUGAGUUCCUGCAAGGCAUGAGGUUUGCCGGGUUCACGGAGAACGACCUAAUGGACAGCGAGGCGUCGGAUUACCCCGAAACGAGCACAAAGAUUAAAGACAGCAGGUUUAUUUCUGUGUCACAGCCAAACUUAAGUUUAAAAGACGAGACAGGGUGGUAUUUUACCGAGACUGAACGGUUGCCUGUUGAAGAGAACAGUCCAUCGGGGUUACAACAUACCACGCCACCAAAGUCGUUUCGUGCAGAAAGCUUGGACCAACAAGACAUCCUUCCCGAACAGCCAUCCAAUGACAAUCUUCUGCAUGAAAAUGCAGCCUCUUUGAAUGAGAUGCGCUAUCCUCAUUCAAGUCUUAUCUUGGAUACUGAAAAUAAUUUGCAUUCUUCUCUGGAAAAAGAUCGCAUUUCUAAAACCGAAAAGGAAUUACACACUUUUUAUGAGAAAGUGCAAGUUUCCGACGCUGAAAAUAAGCUGCGAAUUCAUGACGAUAAUAAAUUUGAACAUGGGAGAAUAAACAAUGUUGAAAACGAAUUCCAUGUAUCGCCUAAAAGCGGUGUACAUGUGUCUUUCAAAACAGAUAACAUAUCGAACGAUGGAUCCCUUGGUCCUUCUAACACCGACGAGUUUCUGGCAGGGUCUCCGUCUUCAGAGAAAGAUGUCAGGAGAAAACAUGAUCCGAUUCCAGCGGAAUCCCAUCGUCAUGAAAGAGUGGCUUCUUGGGUCAGAAAAAUCGACACGCCUAGUGAAUAUAACGCUGGUCUUAGUGAAGACUACGACUUGCGCGCGUGUGGUGACAACACAACAAUCAACACAACAAUCAACACGACAAUCAACACGACAAUCAACACCUCCAUCUCACUGUGUGAAGACCCGCCAACCGCAGAAGCCGACCUCAAACUGCGUGGCUCAAACACAAGACAGAAGAAAAUCAGAUCUGCUCUCGUUGUUUCUACGCCUUUGGCGUCUGCGUGUGCACCUUCAGCUGAGCCAGACCAAGUACCAAACGACCUGCCCGACACUGUUAUAAACAAACCCCGUGUUCAAAGACGUAGUGAAUCGCCUUUAGCUCACGGUGACUCUACCUUAAGGUACGUCACCCUAGCUCAAGAGAUUGGCGUGAUCCAAGAAGAUAAAACAACCCAGGAUAACUCUAACCAAAGGCACCAACACAAAAAGAAUACAUUUCAUGAACCUACUCAAUACGACUCGGACAACAUGGACCAAGCCUCUAACCCUGAGAUUGACGAAUUCUACGAUACUAAAUAUGUAUCUUCUCACGCACAAAACAAGGCCAAAAUUCAGUGCAACGUUUACAACACAGAAACUAGAAAAUCUCAAACAGAGUUGAAUCAUUCUCCUUUGAACUAUAAUCCAAGAAUCAGUCAUGAAUCUAUUGACAGAAACAUAAUGAAUUACACUGGAUCCCGUCAAAAUGAAAGCAGUGAACAAGAUAAAUUCCAUGAGGUUGUUGUAAAUGAAAAUUAUCUUUAUCAAAAACCGUCAUCAAAUCGAAACUUCCGACAUGAAAAUCGUAUCGAAGAUAAGACUGAUGAAAAAAAUGUUCCAGAAACUCUAGAUCCAAAAACAGAAAAACUAGCAAACAUUUUUCAGCGCGUUCUACAAAUAGAGAAGUUGCCCUUCAAUAACGUCCCACCAAAACCCAGCCACAAAUUUGCUUCCUACUUCAGCGAAUAUUUACCAUGGAACAGAAGCAGAGAACAAACACGUCAAAAUUAUGUUCAGCCAUCUAACAAACAAGGUACGAAAGAAUCUGACGGGGGUGAAGAGAUUGACUUGAUGUACAACCCAAGGAAGCUCUCCCAUUUCAAAGCGUCUCCUCCAUUUUUUGCUGCCUCGGGCGGGUACAGGUCCAAAUUUUUCUUCCCGACGGCUUGUAGUCUAGCAGACGUAGGGAGCCCUCAGUCGCACGAGAUUGACAAUUUCGAAUCAAUCGAAUACGGUAAAACACAUUCGAUUUUUCUUAAAGAUGGCACGGAUGAACGGGCCGGAAGUAUGGGAUGUAAAAUCGAAAGUAAAAUAUGCAAAGAAGAAAAGGUAACAGCUGGUUACAAAAAUAAUAAAUCAACACAGUUGAAUACUGAUCAGAAAAAUCCUUCAGAGAAAAUACAUUCAAGUGAUAAAGUGUGUGUAAGCCCCGAUUCUCGCACGCUCCCAAAGACAUGUGAGAAAAACAACGCCACAGAGAACAGUGCUCAAAGCCAUGACGAAACUUUCCUGCGACUCCACGAAAAAUUUAGACCAGACUUUGCAAGGAACAACAACACAAAUCAAAGCGGGGGGGAGGAGGGAUCCAUCACCUCAGGACAACCAGAACAGGAGCAAGAGGAACCGGAAAUGCUAGACGAAGAGCGGCUAAAAGCCGGUCGGUUAAUCAUGGACCUCUUUAUGACUAAAAAGACCCCUCGCCUGGAUGAAGGCUCUUCGUCGGAUGAGGAAUCCAAGCAGCAGGUCAAAGAUGCAAAACCGGAAUUCCACACCCCCCUCAUGGUACUGUACGCUUUCGGCAUCAUGUUCGUCCUGCUGGGCAGUCUCGUGAUCUACAACCUGGCAGACGAGACUCUCAAGCUGACCUACCUAGACUCGGUGUACUUUGUCUACGUCCUCAUCUCGACGACGGGGUUCGGGGAUCUGCUCCCGACCACGAGCAUGUACUUCUUCACGGCGGUGUACGGCUUCAUCGGCAUGUCCGUCUUCAACAUCAUCAUCAGCGCCACGCUGGAGACGAUGCUGUCUGUGCUCGACUAUAUCAACGCCCUGGCCGUGGGGGGCGGGUUCAUGGACGAUGGGGACAACGAGUCGGACGAGUCUUAACCACACGAAAAAAUUUCAAGAGGUAUGAUUCCCCGACAACUACGAACUUGAACCAAAACUACCUUUAUAACUCGUAUUUCGGAAGGUGCGAUUUGUGGAAAUACGGGGGCUAAUGCAACAGCAUGCCUCAUACAACAUAUUCUCUUAUUUAUACAUACGAAUA